AUGACCAGUCCCCAGGGCGGUCACGACCGACCCCUCAGCUCCCUCAUCACCUCCCGCCCUCACUCGCCGCUGAGGGGCGGCGGGGCGGGGCCCGGGAGCGCGCGACCGCUGGUGGCGGGGAGAACCGCGCGGCCAUUGGCUGGCGGAGCCGUCACUCACUGCUCCACCCGCCCCGCCGAGCGAGGCUGGAGCGGGCGGGGCCAGCCCGGAGGGGGCGGGAACCUUUUGUGGGCGUGUCCAGCGCUGGGCGUGGCCCGCGGCCGCUGUGCCCCGCCCCGCCCCGCGGCGCUCAGUCGGGCGGCGGCGGCGGGCGGAGGAGGAGGCGGAGGCGGCGGUUCCGCCGGGCUGAGGAGCGGACGCGGGAGGCGGCUCGGGAUCGCGGUGCGGCUCGGGGGCGGUGAGGGCGACCGGGGAGAACUGGGUAGCAGCACCGGCGAGCGAGGCUGCGGCUGGGCGGGCGGCGCGGUGCCCGCGGGCAGGGCGGGGGGUCCGGCCGGGCGGGCCCUUCCCGCGCGGGGCCGCCGAGCUCUCCGUGAGGCGGCGGCCGCUGUCAGCGCGGGGCCCGCGGCGGCAGCGCCCUCCCCGCACCGCCUCGGCCCCGGCCGCUCCCCGCUCCUCCUUAUUAGGCAGCGGCGCGGGGUCGCCGCCGCAUCCGCAUCCGGCCGGGGCCGCCGGGCAGGGCAAGCCCGGGGCGGGGCGGCGGCGCCGGGCACCUGA